CUCUCUCUGUGCCACCGAAACGAGAGGUGAGAAUCAUUUUGUUUCUCACAGAGAGCUAAGCACAACUACGUUAUAUGAAUAAGUACUUUUAUUCGUCAUUCUUUGAAAAUCAGACGUCUCAUGGCUCUCACGACAUCUCCUCUGGCCUUGUCUUUGCUCCUUGGAAGCCUGAAAGGAGGGAAGAGCUCGAAGGAAGCCCAGAUAAGAAGCAGAAGUAGCAGCAGUGGUAGAAGAAGCUUCUUGCGUGUUUUCGCAUCGGAAACCCCCUCUGAACAGCGCAAAAGGGCCGCAGCGGGAGUUGAUACCAGAAUUCACUGGGAAAACCCUGAUGAGGGUUGGAUUGGAGGGACUAGUAAUUCAUCACAGCCAACAAUUGAGGAAGAAAAACAGAAUCUCUUAGGGAAAAACUACUCUGAUUUGUUGAAAGAGUACUCUGAUUCUCAUUACCAGUUCUUAGGAGUAUCUUCCGACGCUGACUUGGAAGAGAUCAAAGCCGCUUAUCGAAGGCUAUCAAAAGAGUACCAUCCUGACACAACAUCACUACCCUUGAAAACGGCAUCCGAUAAGUUCAUGAAACUAAGAGAGGUAUAUGAUACGUUGAGUAAUGAGGAGACCCGAAAGUUCUACGACUGGACAUUAGCUAAAGAGGCUGCCAGUCGACAAGCUGAGAAGAUGAAGAUGAAGUUGGAAGAUCCUCGUGAGCAAGAACUGCAGAAUUGGGUGUCUGUACCAGAUAUGGUUGAUCGUCUAGAUGGGAAAAACAUGAAGCUGAGUGAUCAAGCUAUGACAGCUCUCACCAUUGAUAUUAUUAUCAUUAUCUUUUCAAUUCUAUCCAUCAUUGUUUAUGCUCUCUUCUUUCAGCCAUCAUAGUUGCUCGAUUAUGUUAAGAAAAAGAAGAAUCAAGAUGAAGGUACAAAUUAAUACUUUUCAAUGCUGACCAAAUGUACAGUUUUUUAUGUGUA